UCAAUAUGUACUGCACCGACUGUUGCUCAGAGUCGCGUUAUUAUUUAUGGUCGCAUGCCGUGAAAAACGACAGUUGGCGACAAGUGUUGUGCAAAUGGCAUGCACGGUUGCCACAACAACAAAAACAUCAACAACAACAGCAACAGCAUUAGCAGCAGCAACAACAAUCGCACACACAACAAAGGCAGUUGGCGCUCAAUUUGAUGUGAAACGUGCAGGAACCACACACAGACAUACACACCCACACACAUAUGUAUAUACUUGUAUAUAAUAGACGAAGGCGAACAUACAAAGAGGAAGCUCAAUACGAAUAACUGUGUUUUUGGCCUCCAUUAUUACCGUUGAAAAGGGAAAGGCAGCCUGCAAAGCAACAGCAAAAUGGCGGCACGAAUUGUAACAGGCGCGCAGUGUCAGCAGUAGCAGCAACAGUAGCAGCAGAAAUAACGGCAUAAACGAAGUCGUUGCUGCUGCUGCUAGCCGAAGGCAAGCCACCCGAAGCAGCUUCGUAGUCGGUUGCCUAACAACUUCGUCGUGGCGCACAACAGAAGGAAGGAUAAGCCAAGUCAGCCUGGCCACGCAUCCAACCAGCCAAGCAGUCAGCCUGCCUGGCUGCCAGCUAGUCAGCAAGCCAAGCCGGGACUCAGUUGCAACAGCGCAACGCAUUUGCCAAGACGCACACAGAACGCGCCGCGGCGCAGCUCGCACGGAACGCGAACAUUCAACGACCAUAGAAAUAGUAACACUUGUAUAAAUUGUUUUUGCUAUUAUUUUUGUUGUUGUUGUUGGUGUUAUUGUUGUUGGCAGGUGGCCUGGCUACCUUGGCCAUCGAUCGCACCUUUCUAGUGCGCGCUACCUCGCGUUUGUUCGCGUGCCGGGCUGACGUACAUAACGUAUACGAGGAUAACACUUAGUAGGCAGGGCCGUUGUCCUUGGUAUUUCAGUCUAGCGCUUGCAGCGUUAGCCAACGGUAAUACCUGCGUGUGCCACAAUUAAAAGGCCUGCACAGGUGUGCUGAGUCUGUCACGGUGUGUGUCUAUGUAUGUGUGUGCGUGUCAAUGUGUGUUGGUGAAUUCGUGCUUUGGGCAUUUUAAUACGCGCCUUGGCUAAUUGUUAUGCAAUCGUCUCUAGCCUUAAGACCUAGUGAGAAAUGUCUUUGAAGCGUUAUGCAAUAAUCGCGGCGGUCAGUCAGCACCAGCACCAACGGCAGCAGCAGCAGCAGCAUCAGCACCAGCAACUACAACUGCAACAACAGCUAAACAAUGCAACAGUCAUGUCAACAGCAACAUCAACAGCGACAACGACAGAGGCAACGGGAGGAGAAUCAACAAUAACUACAACAUCUUUGCCCACGAGCGAGGAAGAGGAGCUGCUGCACUCGCAGGAGCUCGCCAGCAGCUCCUCGAUAACGACGUACUACAAUGGCGGCAUGGGUCUCUAUAAUCAACAGCGUGGCAUUGGAGCUGGCAUAUCGCUGCUCAACGGCGCCGCUGGCUCUGGGAGCGGAAGUAGCACGGGCAGCGGUUCACAGAGCUACGCUCACGUUGUCAAUGGCAGCGUGAAUCUCCUGCUUGGCGGGUCCAUGCUUUGCCUGGUGACGACAAUUUUGUGUGUUGUCUGUUAUUGUUGCCAUCGCAAUAUUAAAAAGCGCACAGAGGCCGCCUACAGGCAGCAGCAACAUCAGUGGCUGGAAAACGAUCCCAAUAUGGAAAUAUACAGCGUUGAACAGUGCUAUGAAACGUCGGGCCUCUUCUUGGGUGACUCAACUGACGGUUUGGCCACGCUGCCAGCUUUGCACCAUGAGCCUCCGCCGUCGUACGACGCAGUCGUGCUGCACGAACAGCAGCUGUUGCAGCAGCAGCAGCAACAGCUCGAAGAACAGCAGCUCCAACUGCAGCAACAGCAGCUGAUGCUGCAGCGCGUAUCACCGCCGCCCGGCUACCGCUCCACCCUGGACAUAAGCAGCGCGCUGCAAGGAAUAGAAAUAUCAAACACCGAUGCAAUGGCGGGCAGCAGCAGCAGCAGCUGCAGCAACACCAAUGCAGCAGCUGCUGGAGCAGGAUUAAUAGCUGACAAGCAGCUGCAGCGCACCUUGAAUGCGCAGUCUUGUUGCUCGCUGCAGCGCGCCGAGGUUGAGAACAUGUGGAACGCAGCCGCGGCGGCCGUUGCAGCUCGCAAUGGACACUGCCAGGAGUUGGACACAUAUAGGCCUAUGCCUAUAUCGAUGGACAUACCGUCACCAUCGCCGCCUUUGCCACUGGCGCUGCAGGCGCGCAAGAAAGCUCAGGCGGCCAUGCGGCUCAACAGCUUUGGGCGGCGCUAUUUGCAGUACACUCAGCACCAGCACCAGCAUCAGCAUCACCAGCAACAACAACAGCAACAGCACAGCCACUACAGACGCGGCUGUCCGCUGUGCGGGAAAUUCCGCUACGCGGCUGAGGACGAGGCGUUGACGGCAUCUGUCGAGAGUGUCUUGGAACAGUGUGAUGCCAAUGAGAAUGUGGCAAGUACUCAACACCAGCAACACCAGCAACACCAGCAGCAGCAGCAGCAGCAGCAACAACAACCGCUGCAACCCGCCAUCGAAAAUCCCAAUCAAAUUGAUGCUGAUGCGGCAAAUGGAAAUGUGGUGGACAGCACAACUAAAGCUGCAUCAGCAACUGUUGCUGACAUAGACAUGGACAUAGACGAAAAUGACAAUGCAGCUGCGACGUCAGCAACAGCCGCACCAACAGCGACAUCAACAACGGCAACAGCAGGAGCAGCAGCAGAAUCUUCAGAAAAAUCAGAUGUAGAUGCUGCUGACCUGGAUAUCAACAACAUCAAUGAGAAUGGCUUCAUCAGCCUGGACAUGAGCAAAAUCAUUGACAUAUCGGGCCUGCCCACAUACGAGGGCGCGCUGAAGCUCGAAUCCAGUGGCUAUGUGUAAACAGUUUCCAGUUCUCGGUUCCCACAGUAAAGUUUACACUGCAGAAUAACGAAAUGAUAUCACACAUGUGCUUUAUUUUAUAAGAUAAUAUGGAGCGGAUGCCCAGAACACGUUUAGCUGUAUUUAGUGAAUUUCUUAAUUUAUCAUAACAACAAUCCUAACGAACUGUUCUGAAGUUCUUCUUAGUUUCAAUCAUGAUCUCGAAUUGCGCGACUUUUGUGUCUGUCCCAGAAAACCAAAAUGGUUCCUUUUUAGCACACACACAUAUACAUACUAGU